UCGCGGCUCCAAGUGGCUGCACGGGGUGUGUAAAGAUGAAGGCCGAAGAGGAAGAGAUCGCCAAGAUGGAAGAACAGGAACUUUCAUCGCUGGACAGAACAUUGGGUAUGUUCCAAGGUAAGCUGAUUAUCUUCAUACUAUUUAUUCAUCUCCGUCAAGUCACGUCGAGACCACGGCAUACAAGAUGUGAUGAGCAAAAAAAGUCAAUUAAGGCCGACGAGGCAACAUGCCCGCCGCGUCCGCUCCGUCCCCCAUCGUCGAAGUCCCUCCGCAUACCACUCCGCAACUCAUCCAUACCCUGAAACAUGACAGCUCGGUUCUCACCCUCGUUGUCGGUGACGACAGGAUAUAUGCCGGUACGCAAAAUGGCGAGAUCCUCGUCUGGUCUCUGGGUGACUUCCAACCCAUCCACCGCAUUCAGGCACACAAACGCAGUGUCAUGAGCCUGUUCCUCUCCGAUGAUCGGUCUCUGCUUUUCUCCAGCGCGAGCGACCCAAUUGUCAACGUCUGGUGCCCCAGGAGUAUGGAUCGCCUGUAUGAGAUCUAUAGCACCAAUGACUCUUUCGGCGAUAUCUUCUCUGUCGCAUACUCCUCCCAGUACGAGACCGUCUACUACGGAGCCCAGAAUACGUCUAUCCAAUGGACUAGUCUCGAAGACCCUAGCCGCCGUGUAUCGAAUGAUUCGGCAAGGCACCCCGAUCGUCGGAACCACAGGUUCUUUGAUUCAAGAGCAAUCGGCGGUACCAGUACUCCCCGACCCACCGACGAGCGGUACGAAUUGAUUCCCCGGCCACACACGGUACUCGAGACAGACAAGCGAUCCAAUAAGAUGUUUGCCCAUUUUGGCUAUGUUUAUUGUAUGCUCAUAACACAUGGCGCCACCGAGUUUACGAAACCAGAUGAAGACAUUCUUAUUUCUGGGGGUGGUGAUGGCACCAUCAAAGCUUGGAAGCUUGGCGGUAAAGAAAUUGGCCCAGAUGGUUACGAAACAGGCCUGCAGGAGAUCAUGGUCCUCGGCGAGGAUGAUGCUAAUUCUGUCAUGUCAAUUUCCGUCGAUGGCUCGUUCCUAUAUAGUGGUAAACUAGACGGGAUCAUUGAGCUUUGGGACCUCGACACUAGGCAGAAGCUAAGAGUCAUAAAGGCUCACAAGGGAGAUGUCAUGUCCAUCCAGAUGGGCUGGGGCUACCUAUGGAGCGCCGCUCGUUCGGGGACUGUCAGCAAACAUAGCACAGCCCACUACGGGAAGUAUGAGCUAGAAGCGUCGCAGGAAGUCAGCCAAAAGUAUCAAUGUUUGACACAGUGGAAAGCCCAUGAUGGAAAAAUUCUGUCGUCGGCUGUCACAACAUAUGAGGAUAAAGAAUUCUUCAUAUCUGGAGCCAAUGACAACAAUGUGGCCGUCUGGUUACUCCCAAGCCAUUCCUCCCCGGAACAACCCAUUCCAGAACCCCAUGAAGAUAUGAUGGUUACCUCUCUGCGAGAGUUCGUUUCUUACAAAACUGUCUCAUCUCGAGCUGAGUAUGCUGAGGACUGCCGUAGAGGGGCCUCGUUCCUUCUUAGUCUCUUUAAAAAGUUGGGUGGCGAUGUUGAAAUGCUUAGCGCAGAUGAUAAGCUUCACCAUCCCAUUGUAUUUGCCAAAUUUGGUGGCAAAGCAUCGCCAGCGGGGAACAGGAAAAGAAUUCUCUUUUACGGACAUUACGAUGUUGUUCCGGCAGAUACUAAGAAGGGAAAGUGGGAAAACGAUCCCUUCCAGCUUACUGGACUCAACGGUUAUCUUUAUGGUCGUGGCGUAAGCGACAACAAAGGACCAAUAAUGGCUGCACUGUAUGCUGUGACGGACCUGAUGCAAGCAAAGUCAUUAGAUUCCGAUAUCGUAUUCCUGAUAGAAGGACAAGAGGAAUCUGGAUCCCGUGGCUUCAAGGAAACCGUACACAAGUAUAGAGAACGUAUAGGGCAUAUCGACUAUAUCCUACUAGCCAACAGUUAUUGGUUAGAUGACGAGACGCCGUGUCUGACGUAUGGGUUGCGAGGCGUUAUGCACGCCACCGUCUGCGUUGAAUCCAGGAAUCCUGAUUUGCAUUCUGGCGUUGACGGUUCUUACAUGGUCAAUGAACCCCUUUCUGACCUUAUGAUGCUGCUUGCCAAGCUGAAGGGUCCUCGCAACCGCGUCAUGUUACCCGGAUUCUAUGAUGGGAUUCUGCCUUUAACCCCGGAGGAGGAGGCUAGGUAUGAUGACAUAUUAUCGGUACUAAUGGCUCAAAGCAGCGGUGGGAAUCGCAUCUCCGCCGAAACCCUCAAAGCUAAUUUAAUGGCUCGGUGGCGAGAGCCAAAUCUAACACACCAUAAGGUUAAGGUCUCUGGUCCAGAUGGAAGCUUGAUUAGUAGCCAUGCAAGCGCGAAGAUUAGCGUGCGAUUGGUUCCCGGUCAAAAAGUUGAGGAAGUUACCAGCUCUCUCACCGCUGUCUUGGAGCAAGAGUUUGAAAAUCUCGAGUCAGAUAACAAACUCAGUAUCGAGAUCGAUGAACAAGCUGAGCCGUGGCUAGGUGACCCUAGUAGUUACAUAUUCCGUACUCUAGAGGAUGCGGUAUUAAAAGCAUGGGACCCUCUAUUUGCCAGGAGAUCUAGUUUACAGACUUCUGCUUCAACUGCUGAUACAGAUGGAUCGUCCGAAUCUAGAACACAACCGACUAAAAAUUCUCCAAAGCUCGGUCGGCCUCUUUACAUAAGGGAAGGCGGUUCAAUUCCUGCCAUUAGAUUCCUCGAAAAGGAGUUCAACGCCCCAGCCGCGCAUCUACCUUGUGGUCAGGCGUCGGAUUCGGCUCAUCUUGUCAACGAGAGACUUCGUGUAGUGAAUCUCUUCAAAAGCCGAGAGAUAUUCAGAAACGUGUUUCAGAAAUUGUAACAAACGCAUGAAAAUUCUCAUCGUAUUCCCUCUACACCGGGGUUCAUCUAGCCCCCUUAAGGAGCUGAACCUGCGGCUACUAUGUACAAAUUCGGGGAGUUGAGGUGUUAUGGAGACUUAGAAUGAGUAAUGAAGAUACCCGUUUGCGAGCCUUGGCGAGAUGUG